AUGUCUGAAGAGUUCCCAACCCCUCAAUUGAUUGAUGACUUAGAUGCUCACCCCAGUCAUGACAACACCAGAGUGUUUAAGGACUUACUAGCAGGCACAGCAGGCGGUAUUGCUCAAGUUCUUGUUGGACAACCAUUUGACACUACCAAAGUUAGAUUGCAAACUUCUACUACACCUACUAAUGCAACAUUUGUCAUUAAAAAUCUUUUAAAAAACGAAGGUCCUUUAGGUUUUUACAAAGGUACCUUAACUCCGUUGAUCGGUGUAGGUGCUUGUGUAUCUUUACAAUUUGGUGUCAAUGAAGCGAUGAAGAGAUUUUUCCAUUCAGUAAAUGCAAAGAAUAAUAAUAAUAAUAGUGUCAACAAUAAUGGCUUACUAACAUUACCACAAUAUUAUAUGUGUGGUUUGACUGGUGGUGUUGUCAAUUCAUUUUUAGCAUCUCCAAUAGAGCAUGUAAGAAUUAGGUUGCAAACCCAGACCGGAUCGAGUAAAAAUGCAGAGUUCAAAGGGCCACUUGAUUGUAUAAAGAAACUGAAGCUUCAACGGGUUUUAAUGAGAGGGCUAACUUCAACUUUAUUAAGGGAAGGACAUGGUUGUGGUACAUAUUUUUUGGUUUAUGAAGCCCUGGUAGCUCAUGAAAUAAAUAAAGGUUGUUCUAGGACAGAGAUUCCAGCUUGGAAGUUAUGCAUGUUUGGUGCGCUAUCCGGUACUGCUUUAUGGAUGAUGGUUUAUCCAAUUGAUGUUAUUAAGUCAGUUAUGCAAACUGAUAAUCUGUUAUCACCAAAGGCUGGUAAUUCUAUAAAAGAAGUUGCUAAAUACAUUUAUAAGAACCAUGGUUGGAAAGGUUUCUUAAAAGGGUUUGGACCUACUAUGGUUAGGGCAGCUCCAGCAAAUGGUGCCACUUUUGCCACAUUUGAAUUGACUAUGAGAUUGCUUGGGUAA